UCGCCCGUUGAGCCCUGUGCAGAUUUCCUCACUCCACGGUUCCCCGAGCCAGCGAACGAGCUCUGCCCCUCCCACACUCUCACUCCUCCCCACAGGUGACGAAAUUCGGUGUACGAUUCGGUCCUGAAGCUCCUUGGCUUCUCAGCCAUGGCUGCCACGUCCAGCGCCCAGUUGUCUCUGCAAUGGGUUUCGCUGCAGGCACCCGUCGUAGCUUCGAGCUCGAGCUCGAGCUCAAGCUCUUCUGUGAGGUGCUCCUCGUUGAGUUUGAAGCAGAGAUGUGUCCUGAGUUCGGUGGGUAGUAGCGGAACCAGCAGCAGAUGCAGGAAUUUGCAGGCCAUACGUGCGAAGAAGGUCGGAAAAGACAGGAAUGGAGGUGUGGCCGAAGCUGUGGAGUCGCCUACGCUCCCCGUUGAGAGUUCGGAAGCUGAUGACAUGUGGAUGGGCAAGAAAUUGGAAGGGAUUGAGCCUGAUUUCUGGGAAGGCGAGAAGUGGGAGGCCUUCGGUUUUGCCAUUCAGUAUAUGUGGUUAUUUGGAGUUCUUAUUUCGCUCGUAGCUUGUGGAGUCGCUGUUCGAACUUACAACACCGGAGCUACGGAUUUCAAAGAUACCGCCGUGUUCAAGGAAGCUAUGGAUUCACAAGUGGAAAUGGACUCCUCAGUUUUUGACCAAGUUGAUACUGAAGGCUUCACAGACCCUGGACAGGCGCCUCCUAUUGAAUGAGAGAAGAACGGGAAUGUGAGAUUCUCGGAAUUAUCUGCUUCUACCUUCUCCACCCUCGAGUUGGAUAUGGUCUGAUUUUUUCCCGGCGUAGUUUUCGUGCACUGUUUGUGGGUUGGACUGGGUUAGAGGUUAUUUGGAAGAAAAUUACUGCUGUUGAAACAUGUAAUGUACGAGACUUUAUAGGGCAGAUUAGCUUAAGUAAACUACGAAGUCCUAGUAUUAAAACUAGUGCUCUGGUCUAACGCUGUCGAACUUAUCUUAUGGUUGCUGUGUUACCAGAACCCCCCGUUGUCACAUAUAGGCUACUCUUGUAUAUUGUUUAUGAAAUUGUAAGCAUGGAAUUGUAACCUAUGCACACGACGAUUGCAAAGCUUGACCAUUGUAAGAUCCUCC